CGCCUAGGGUGGUCUAUACAAAGUUCUUAAGCCUGGUUUACAGCAAAGAUGGGCUUUCUCACCUUUUGAUGCAAAUAAAGCUGACACAAAAUUACUGUAAUUUCUCUAAAAAUUUGACACUCUAAUUUCGAAAAAAAAUAAUUAUUUGGGAGAAAUAGUACCUCAAGUAGUCUAAUUAUUUGUUACAAAGUACAUGUGUAUCUGUACCACGUGUUCUAAUUUUGUCAGGAUUCUCUAUUAUUCAUUUUAACUGUCAAUGGAGUGGCAGGAAUUGAUUGAAAUAAGUGAAGAAUCCAACACAAUAACUACAAUGGAGCUAGAACCAACAAAUGAAAAGGUCAUAUCAACUCCAGAUUACUCAGCCACAAAGAUCAGUGAGUCCAGUUAUGAUCAAAAAAAAGUUUUAUUGACUAUUAGGGAUCUGGUUGAGAUAUUACGAAUUUUAAAAGAUGGUAACUUUCAAACUAUCAAAUGGUUUGAUCUUGGUCUCUACUUGAGUCUGAUUCAUGAUGAUCUAAAGAUUAUUGAGACUAACUAUCCACGAGAUGCUGAACAAUGUCUUAGAGAAUCUUUAGCAUUAUGGCUUACAGUUGAUACUGAAGCAACAUGGGACAAACUAGCUAUUGCUGCUGGUGAAGUAGGAGAGACAUCAGUUGCUGAAUAUAUAAAGCCAGGAAUUCAAGAGGUCAAACCAACUACAAAUGAUUCCCGCACACAGAUCAGUGAGUCCAAUGAUGAUCAACAUAAAGAGCCAACAACUCAAAAAGACAAAAAUCACUCAGGCACAGAGAUUAUUGAAUCCAAUGAUGAUCAACAAAAAGAACAAACUGAAACAAGUCAAAAUGACAAAUGGGCUACCAAUAACUCUUCCAUACUGACCACUGAAACCAGUGAUGAUCAACAAAAAGAGCCAGCAAUUCAGGAGGUCAAACCAACUAUAAAUGAUUCCUCCACACAGAUCAGUGAGUCCAAUGAUGAUCAACAGAAAGAGCCAACAACUCAAAAAGACUCAUCUACACAGACCAGUGAGUCCAAUGAUGAUCAACAAAAAGUUAUAUUGACAAUCGACGAUCUAGUAGAGAUAUUACGAGUGUUAAAAAGUGGUCACUUUCAAACUACAAACUGGUUUGAUCUUGGUCUCUACUUGGGUCUGAGUCAUGAUGAACUGGAUGUUAUUGAGGCUGAUCAUCCACGAGAUGCUAAGCGAUGUCUCAAAGAAUGUUUAGCAAAAUGGCUUAAAACAGAUUUUAGAGCAACACGGGACAAUCUAGUUCAUGCUCUUAUUGAAGUAGGAGAGGCAUCAGCUGCUGCUUAUAUAACCUCAGGUGCUGCUGGUAUUAAGACCGAUAGUCAGUUCCCUAUAGUGCCUGAUCAUUCUGAUGAUAAAAGCAAUGAGAGUGGGAACAACACUGAUAUGAAUUAUCCUGAAUCAGAGAGGCCACAGAAAAUUGAAGAGCCAGGAAUUCAAGAGGUGAAACCAACUACAAAUGAUUCCCCCACACAGAUCAGUGAGUCCAAUGAUGAUCAACAGAAAGAUCCAACAACUCAAAAAGACUCGUCCACACAGAUCGCCAGUGAGUCCAACGAUGAUCAAAAAAAAGUUAUAUUGACAAUCGAGAAUCUAGCAGAGAUAUUACAAGUGUUAAAAGAUGGUCAAUUUUUACCCACAAAAUGGUUUAAUUUUGGUCUCUCAUUGGGUCUGUCUUACAGGGAGUGUAAGAUAAUAGAGCAUAAAUAUCAACGAGAUGCUGAGCAAUGUCUCAGAGAAUGUUUAGCAAAUUGGCUUAGGAAGGAUACUGAAGCAACUUGGGACAGACUAACUAAUGCUACUGAUCAAGAAGGAGAAGCAUCAGUUGCUUCUUAUAUAACCUCAGGUGCUGCUGGUAUUGAGACCAAUAGUCAGUUCCCUAUAGUGCCUGAUCAUUCUGAUGAUAAAACCAAUGAGAGUGGGAACAACACUGAUACGAAUCAUCCUGAAUCAGAGAGGCCACAGAAAAUUGAAGGUGCAACCAAAAGUACAACUGUGGAACUAACAUCACAAAAAAUAGAUAAAAAAAUUGCAUCUCGUGUUUUAUCUGAGAAUAUUACAUUGAUAAUAAAAUGUAUUAAGGAAUUUGAGUUGACUGAAUUAGCAGAGAAGUUUAUGGAAAUACGUAUCAUCACAAGAGAGGAAAUGGAAGAUUUUGUCAAAGAUGUUAAGAAGAAUACACGUAGCUACCGAAUGAACAAUAUUAAAAUGAAACAGCUGCUCAUACAAUUAGAAAGAGCUGUUUCUUUGUCUUUGAGGCCAGGAGAAAUAUUUUUAUGGCUUAUAAAAAUCCUCAAGGACUAUGAUACUGUGGCCUCACAAGAAGUGGCUAGGAAAUUAGAAGCAGAAUACAAUGCUCGUAAUGGUAGGUGUGCAGUAUCUCAAUCACUAAGCCUCAGUACAAUUUUGAAUCGAGAAGAAAGAAUCAACCAGUUUACAAAAAAAGAAACAAGUCAGAGAAAAAGUAAUGAGCAUGUAAUCAAUGCAGAGCCAUUAUCCUCUAGUACUUCCAAUGAUGUAAUAAAAAAUACAAAUACUAUUCCAAAACUACUGGAGUUGACUGAACGAUUCAAUCCAAAGAUGAAAGAGUCCACGGUUAUUAAAACAAACCAAGAAAAAAGUGCUCAGAAUGAACUACAUGUAAGCACUACAAAGCCAUUUACCUUGCGUGAUGAUACAUUUAAUGCCACUAUGAUUCCAAAGCCACCUAUUCAAGAAAUGAAAAGUAUAUUCGGUGAUAUGACAGAUUUAAUAGUUGACAGUAGUGGUUUGAUACAUCAUUGCAGUCAAUAUGGUGUGACCCUUAUUAUUCCAGAAGGAGCUGUACAAGAGGAAGAAACAGUUACUGUACACUUUGGAACUUGUUUAUACAGCAGUAAAUUCAAAUUCGGUAAUUAUAUACCAGUUACUCCUAUUGUAUGGGUGCAUAUGAGCCAAGAGCUAAUGAAACUGGCAGAGCUGUAUCUACCUCAUCAUGUUGAUGCUACUAAUCCACUUACAAGAAGCAAAUUAACUCUUUUGACAGCUAAAGAUGAAUUUUUUAAUGAAAAUGAAUUACAUUUUACUAAGAAUGAUGAUUCUGUUUUGGAAGUAGACUUUGCUCUUUGCAAGACAUCUCGUAACCAUUUUUGCUCUACAUGUGCUGGUAUUGAAAAAUCCUCAUUUGAAAAUAUUCAAAAACGUUGCUGGUUAGCAGUUGCAGAAAAACAAGAAAGUGAUGUGACAUUUUUAUUUCAUUGUAUCAUAUUUCCUUCACAACUCGCAUGCAAAAAAACCAUUGAAAAACAUUACUCACAAGAUUUUAGCCUAGAUUUUUCAUUUAAAGAGAUGAAUUUUGAUACUGGUGCCAUAUCACUUACUUUUGACCCUGAUCAUGAUAACCUCAAAACACUAGGCUGGACAAGCAGGCAUUUUGGGAUUUAUGUUGAUGAGAUUUCUGAAGAUGAUGUGGACUAUCAUAAAGUGAUGCAUUGCCAGUUUAGAGAUAUGUCUAGCAAAGAUAUUCACAAGCCUCCUUGCCAAGAUGAAGACACAUCUAGCAAGGAUAUUGAAAAGCUAGAAGAUUUAGAAAAGCAUCGUCGUUAUCCUCCUCGCUUUUGUUAUGAGUUUACGUGCAUUGACAAAACAGCAGCACCAAAGGUCACAAAAGUGAUAGUGACACUGCAAGGGUCCAGUGUAAAUUUUAGAUAUGAUAUUAAUUUGAAACAGCCUGGUUAUGACCCAUCUCAGGAUACUUCUAAUUUACUCACACAUAAAAGAGAAAAUGACAUAUCUUCUCAAAAUCUUGAUUCACUUUUGCUUGGGUGUUUAGAAGUUAUACCAAGUAUUUUUGAAAAAUUUCAAUGCUACAAAAAGUGGUUUCCUUUUGGAUUAUCUCUUGGAUUGAAUCCAUCAGAAUUACUCUCCAUUGAGUCAAGAUAUAGGACACCAGUGCAAUACGCUAGAGCUAUACUUCUGUUAUGGAGGGAAAAGAACAAAGAAGCAUCAUUGGAGUCAUUGACUGCUGCUCUUGAGAAAGUUUGUCUUAGUGAAGCAGCAACUGAAUUACAGCAUCAUUUUCAAGAGCCAACAAUUCAAAAGGUCAAAUCAGCUACAAUUCACUCACCCACACAGAUCAGUGAGCCCAAUGAUGAUCAACAGAAAGUCGUAUUGACUAUCAGGAAUCUAGUAGAGGUAUUGCGAGUGCUAAAAGAUGGUGAAUUUCAGACUAUCAAAUGGUUUGAUCUUGGUCUCUACCUGGGCCUGAGUUACAAUGAUUUAAAGACAACUGAGACAAAAAAUUCACAAGAUGCUGAUCGAUGUCUCAGAGAAUGUUUAGCAUUAUGGCUUACUGAUGACAUUGAAGCAACAUGGGACAAACUAGUCGAUGCACUUAGUGAAAUUAAAGAAAACUCAGUUGCUACCCAUAUAAUUAAUUCAUCAUCACUUGCUGUGCAUAGGUCUUGCUACAGCUUUAACGUUGGUUUGUCUCUUGUUGAUGCCACACCAGCAGAAAGAGUAAGCGAAGAAGUUAUUUCGUCAACUGUACCAGAAGUUGCUCAUAGAGUGAUAUCAGAAUUUGCAUCAGCUAUCAAGAACUGUGGGAUUGAGCUUUCCUUUUUUGCUGAAAAGUUAUUAGAGAAGAAGAUAAUAAAUGAUAGACAAAAGAAAAAAGCUACUGAUGAACACAGUAGAUGUACAACUGACGAGAGAAUGGAUCAACUACUUGGCAUUAUUAAAAACUCUGUACAACAAGAGGGAAAGGUUUUUGAUUAUAUUUUAGAAAUACUUAAAGAAGAAAAUACCAUACUAGCCAACAAACUGCAUGAUAAUAUGAUUAAUAAAUAUGAGCAAUAUAAAUAAAAAAUUGCUGUGACUAAUGCUUUUCAAAAACGAGCUGCUUGUUUAUUUUAAUGUACAUGCAUUGUAGAUUUAUCUUCUUUUUUAGUUAUUUAUCAUCACUGAUAAUUUAGUUAUUUUCAAUAAAAUAUUAUUUUUGUUACUU